AUGCUUUACAAAAAUGGUCAAAUAAUUUUUGAAAAGGUCAAAUAAGAUGGAGGAUUUAUCAAAGUCUAUUGUUAAAAAGAGUUACCAUAAUAUUUGAUUGAAGAUAACUGGGUAGACAUGUACAAAACAAAAAUAAUCUCGUAUGAAUAUAACUAAAUUGUCAAUGCUCUAUUAAUAUAGAAACCACAUUAUUGUUCUGUUACUGAAGUUUUAGAUAUUUGGAAUUUGGAUUCACUAGCUUGGCGCACUUCUUAAGUCUACAUAAUCAGUGUUCCUUCUGAAAUGACAGAAAUCCUGACUUUGAAUUUCUCUCUUCCAUAAAUUAAAUAAAGUCAUGGUUUCACAAAAGUAGAGGUUGAAACCAAUAUGGAAGGGAGUAGAAAAAUCAUUCAGGAAAUGCAAGUCUCUCAGUUAAUAGAAAAGAUCUAAGAAGAAUAAUCUUAAAAUAGAACUCCUUACUUUACAACUUUUAAUCUUCAUAAAAAGGCAAAGGAAAUCAAACAUAUUAAGAAUUUCUUGCCGAAAUCCAUCAGACCUUAGGGCAAAAAUGAUGUAUUGAGUUAUAUGAGAAACGAAAUUCCAAGCAUUAAUAUUCCUUAGUUUGAGAUUAGAUAUCGUUGUAAUUGGAGAAGUCCAUCAAAGGACUAAAUGUGUUUUACUUAAGUUAAUUUAAAUCUUGGUCCAAAUUCCUGUUUAUGGAUUACUAUUGAUAAAGAGAAUGUAGCAGAACUAAGGUAGAAGAUAAUUUAGAUUGAGAAAAUAGAUAUUUUUAAUGAAGAUAAGGUUUGGUUCAAAGAUGCAGACUACUUUUUACUUAAUAACAUACCAUUUAGAUAUUUUGUUCAAAAUGAAGGAGAUUUAGUUGUUCUUAGUCCAGGCACCUUUAGUUGGCAAAAAUGCGAAGGUUUGUGUAUGAGUUGCUCUUGGAAUUAGGCAACUUUGGAUGAAAACUCCUUGAAAACUAUAAUUGAUUAAGAGAAAAUCUUAACAGAAUUAAAUUUUAUCAGCAGAGUUCCAUACAGAAAUUUAAUACUUGAUGUAGUGAUACAUGAAAAUUCUUUGGAUCAAACAUUACUCAACUACCUUAGAUCAGAACUACAAUAAUUUAUAUUUGAAGAAAAUCAAAAUUUAUAAUCAUUAAAUCAAAAAAAUGCACCUGUAUUCUAAGAAAAAAGAGAGAAUUUAUUUUGUACUAAAUGUAAGAGAGAAUUAUUUAUAUAUUUUUAUGAAGAAGACUAAAAUUGUCUAUGUUUAAUAUGCUUGAAAGAACAUUAAAAUAUUAAUAAUUCAAAUAUCAAAUAGAAGUAUAGAUUUCAAUGUUUGAAUUUUUUGAUAGGCUCACAAUUAUCGAGUUGCAAUAUUGAAUUUUGUUCGAAUUACACUGGAAAAACUAAAUGCACUAUAAAAGUUGAUGAAUAAUAAAACUACAAAAAUAAGGUUAAUAAAAAAGGGUUAAUCAAACCAUAAUCUGAAAAUAAUGGAAAAAAUAAAAUUUUAGAGCCCUUAGCUGAAAAUGCGAUGGAAUCAUCAGAGGAAGAAAACCCAAAAAGAAAAAAUAAGAAAUAAGAUAUCUAUAAAGGAUAAAAAUUUUUAAAACAAAAAAAAUUAUGA